UACUAUAUAUUUUAUUAUUUAUCAAAUGUAAAAAUGAGGGUACAUUGAGACUGUAUGUAAGGUAGCAUGGCUCUAUAGUGGAUGUCCUGGACACGUCGUUGUAGUCCAACCAUGACAAUGCGCGCCGUGCCACCGUGACGUCAUCCGGCGGAGGAUAUUUGUGGCAGAGGUGGGGGGGAGAGAGGUUUUGGAUGUUGCUGGCCGAGCUAGCAGUCCUGCGUGAGGACGCACAAUAGUCUGUAGUCGUGGAGGAGAGCAAGCAUCUUUUAUUCCUGCGGAAAGAAGAGGGGGAGGACGCGAGGAAGCGAGGACGCGAGGAGACACCGAUGCUGUUGUUGUUGUUGUCGAUGCGACGAUGCGACCGCACUGCUGCCUGAUGGUGGCUCUGGCGGGGGUCAUGUCCUACAUCAGCCCGGAGAGAGCGCUCGGAGCCCCGCAGAGGGAAGUUUCUCCCAGCAGGACGGCGGCCUUGUCCCCGCCUCCCUACGUGGUCAUCCUCAUCUCCUGCUCGGGCCUGGUCUCCUUCGUGCUGCUGCUGCUCACCUGCCUGUGCUGCAAGAGAGGAGGAGUGGGCUUCAAUGAGUUUGACAAUGCGGACGGGGAAGAAUGUUCCGGAGGCUCCAGUCCGAUCCAGGAGGACAGCCUGUCCUCGUGCCCCUCCCUCCCUGAGGUCUACACCCUGCCCGUCAGAGAACGCCACACCUGCGCCGCCCUGCGGGAUGGAGGAGACUCUAAGUCGGCCUGUUUCAAGAGGCACGCCUUGAACUACCUGCAGGAGAUCGGAAACGGCUGGUUCGGAAAAGUGAUCCUGGCCGAGGUCCUGUGUGACUGCAGCUCCUCCCAGGUGGUGGUCCAGGAGCUGAGGGUCAGCAGCAGCCCGCUGGAGCAGAGGAAGUUCUUGGCCGAGUCGGAGCCGUACAGGAGUCUCAAGCAUCCCAACAUCCUGCAGUGUUUGGGUCAGUGCAGCGAGAGCAUCCCUUUUCUCCUGGUGAUGGAGUUCUGCCAGCUGGGGGAUCUGAAAAGAUACCUGCGAGCCCAACGCAAGUCAGACGGAAUGACCCCCGACCUGCCGACGCGGGAUCUGACGACGCUUCAGCGGAUGGCCUUCGAGAUCACGUCGGGCCUGCUGCACCUGCACGACAACAACUACAUCCACAGCGACCUGGCUCUGAGAAACUGCCUGCUGACCUCCGACCUCACUGUGAGAAUAGGCGACUACGGUCUAUCACACAACCAAUACAAGGAGGACUAUUACCUCACUCCAGACAAGCUCUGGAUUCCUCUGCGCUGGAUCGCACCAGAACUGCUGGAAGAGUACCGAGGAGCAACCAUCGUUACAGACCAAACCAAGACCAGCAAUGUGUGGUCCCUGGGGGUGGUCAUAUGGGAGCUGUUUGAGUUUGGCUCUCAGCCCCACAGACACCUAAGUGAUGACGAGGUCCUGACAUUUGUCAUCAAGGAGCGACAGAUCACGCUGGCCCAACCGAGACUGAAACUCUCCCAUGCUGAUUACUGGUAUGAGAUCAUGCAGUCCUGCUGGCUACCUCCGUCUCAGCGCCCUUCGGUAGCAGAAAUAUUCCUUCUCCUUUCCUCCCUCCUGGCUGCCGAGCGGGGAACAUCCAGGGGGAGCGAGGAUGAAGAGGAUGAGGAGUAUGAAGAGGCCAGAGGGAGGAGAGGCGGGAGCAAUGAGUCGUUUGAAAAACGCUGGGAUUUACUCCGCCCUCCUGCCUUCCAGGCUGCAGCGCAUGAGCGUCAAAGGAAGCCUGAGGACCGACACAACUCCUACCCUUUGCUGGACCCCGUGGGAAACCGGGGAGCACAUUCUUCAUCUGAACUAGACGACAUCCUGACCGUGACUGAAACCAGCAAAGGCUUGAACUUUGAAUAUUUCUGGGAGAAGGCCCAUGCCAGACGAGGCUACAAACCUCUCCCCCCAGCACAACCCAUCCCGACUGUGAACAACAACCACAGACAGUCCUUGGACACUCCGACUGUGGUCCCGGUAAUCAGUGCACGUAGCCCCUCCCUUGCCAGUGAGUACUACAUCCGAUUAGAGGAGCACACUCCCCAGGACAAGUCCCCGACUCUAAACGGUAACGCCCAGCUGUCUUGCUGGUCUGACUCUAUUUGCCCAGGAGAGAUAGAGCUUGUUGAGAUCCGCAGUGGCAUGCUGGGAAAAGAGCGAGUACCUUAUUGUCCCUCAGACAAGUGUGCAGCUGGAAAAGGCAUCCGGAUGGUGCGAUCAAGCGAAGUUAAACUCCAGGUGCCCAACACUGGGGUGGCCGAAUUCAGAGACACUUCGAGCAGAGUGACCGACUUCUCUGUGAUUGAUUUGGGUGAGGAUGAUGAGGAGGAGAAGAACUCUGAAAAGAAACCAUCUGCGAGUUCCCAAGCGCCGGUGCUUCCUCCAAAGCCUCGCUCCAUGUCUAUGUCCUCAGCCAACCACCUACACUCCCGCCCCCUCCCUGUACCCCCUCUUGGAUACAGAGGACUUCCACACUACAAUAUGAGUGGCAAAAUUGAGACCGACCCUCUUCAGAUGAACAGCUGCCUACCGUCUAACUACGGUCACUUGGGACUCCAUCGCUCCCGACAGACUUUACCGCCAUCUCCAUCCCUCUCUCCCUCACUUCCCCCAUCCAGUCACCCUAUUUACCCCACAACUCAAGUUGGUCCUCCACCUCUCCCCCCUCACUCUAAACAAAGAACUUACCCGAGCUACAACAUUGACUCUUACUCCAGAUACAGUAAUAGAUUUAACAGAGAUCAUCGAUCCUGUGAUCCGGGCACCAGACACACAACACACAACUCCAAGGACUCCCGUGUGAAAGACUUUGACUCGCCCGUUCGUAGAGAAAACCCCUUGCGGCCCAUUUAUCGCAAUAUACCUCGGUCUCAGCCUCAGCCAGAUGGGCAAUCCUCAUCUAGUCCCACUUACUCAGACGAGGAUGAUUCCCCCUUCAUGUCACCUGAGAAACAAAGCACUUCUGUCACUCAUUCCACUCUGUCAGAGGAUGUAGAGCCGGUCGUUGCAGGGAUAUUUUCUAGAGGAAUGAAAAGAACCCAGUCACGCCUCGACACUAUCCUGCCGGCCAUUUGGAAAGAAGAUGCAGAACUCCAGGCAGAACGUGUGGCUGCUGCCAAGAAUUCCCCCAUGCACCUAUUUCUGACAGAAAUAUCUACCGUGACCGAGGCGAGAGAGUGCAAGUCCGACAAUUUGUGGGAGAAAGAGAAAAGAGAUGGCGAGAGAUCCAAAGGCUUUGUGUUGCCUAACAAAGGGAUGCGCCGCUCCCAGUCUCUGAUCACAGAGCUAGGCUCAGCAGGACAGUCAUUGGGAUCAGAGAAACACAUCAACAGCACAGGGAAGGAGAAGGACUUUGCAGCCCCUGAUGAAUCAUUCCAGGGGGAUCUUUUCCUGACGGAGAUCGAUACGGGAAGAGAUCUGAAUGGAGGGUUGGGAAAUGAUCCUGUUAAAUACCUUUGCCCAACAGGACCAAGGUUGCCGUCGUACACCUGCGAUACAGGCCUUGCCUCAUCCACCGAAGCGGAAGUUGCGUAUUCCAAAGGUAUCAGAAGGUCACGCUCGCUUCUCUCUGAGAUCACCACAGGAAAGGCAGAGAGUGAACUCCAAAAGGCUGAAGAGGAGCAACAGAAAACAGAAAUGACCAGGGAGGAGUUCAUGAAGGAAAUUCAAUCAGCGGAGACAUUUCUGACUCAAAUAAUAUCCAGACAAAAUACUGACAGGAAAGAAGCAGAAUCCUCCCCUACACUUCUCUCACCAGAAUAUGAGUCUAUAUGUAUUGACCCAAAUACUGCCCAGACCAUCCGGUUUCAGUCAGAGAGCUCUAUACGCUUAUCCAGCAGAGGAAAAGAUGACCCACAAACUGAAGCGAUAUAUGCCCAGGUGACCAAACGUGCUAAAAAGAGUGACAUUAAAGUUUCUACUCGACCCGAGAUCCCAAUCCUCCAUAUAGCAUCAACUAUUAGACAGGAGGCCCAAGCAAGUAAUGCAGACCACUGCCAGUCUGGGGACUAUGUCUUUGCGGAAAUCAUGCCCAAAAACGGCUUACUGCACAACCAAAACAUUACAUUGUGUCAAAAAGACAAGUGUUUUGAUGGCCCUGCUCUGCCCACAAGAGGUGGAGAGCAAACUGUGGAUCUUUCCAAGGAUGCUGAUGAGUCCAUUACUGCAAAAUCACUCAUUUCGAAUAGCCCAAAAUCUUCUUCUGUUGAGAAUGGCGGACUAGUGAGGGAUGAUGAUGAUGAGAACCACGCCUACAAAGUAGCAGUUGAUUCAGAUUGCUCAAAAGAUUCAUCACAGCACAAUGACAGCAUUCAAGAAAAACUAGUACCCGAAGAAGAUACCGCCAUUCCAAAUACUCCAGACUGGGAUGCGUCCACUGACAUUUCCCUUGCGCCCUCCACUGACUCCGUCCUGUCACCUAUGACAUUCAGCUCUGCAGACAGCCUCACCCCUAGUGACUCCUGGACGGGAAUGGGAGGCUGUGGGUGGCGGGCUCUGGGAAAUGAAACACCACACCGGGACUCUGCUUAUUUCUCAGACAGUGACUUAGAAGGGGAUGGGAUGACCAAGAGGAGCACUGACGGGCUUAUGGGGUCAAGGCCGACCAGCGGACGAGGGGGCGAGAGGGGAGCGCUGACGGGGAUUGAGGAAAAAACUGAAUUAGAAGAAGAUGGUGAGGUGGAACACAAGCGCCCUUUAGGAAACUCAGCUAAUUCAUUUGAAAAUACACCUGAGGCCACAGAUAUUCCAAGCAAAGGACUCAAACCAGGGAAUUGGGACGACUCUGGCAUGUUUCUAAAUGAUAAAAACUCCUCCCAACAGUAUGUUAGUUCCCAAACUAAAGACUGCGUGGACUUUAUUGAUGAAUUGUUCUCUAAACUUGAGGAUGAGCCGCUAAAAAGCUCGCCACACAGCGAUGGAUAUGGAAAGGACCACCACUACACUGAUUACAUAAUUUCUCAAGGAGCGGACUGCAAAUACUUAGACUCUGUGGAGGAAGACAUACAAAUACCUGCCAGGAGCCUUAUUGUGACGUACACUCUUUCCGAAAGAGCCAACAGCAAGGAAAACAUACAAAUGGAAAAACGAUCUUCUCUCAAUGUCCUACACUGUGAAAACCACAUUGUAGAAUCCUCUGUGAACAGCACACAGUCUAGAUCAUCUCAACUGUGUGGUGGUCCAUCCAACAAAGAAGAAACUCCAUCAUUAGUAGAUUCAAGCAUAGGGAAGUCCUUAGACAAAAAAGCGAGUUUACAGUAUGCCUCCUGGGUUGAAGAAGGCGCUGAGAGAAGUAAUACGGUGCCUGACCUGGAGCUGCACCACACAGACCACAAUCAGGUGGGCCUGAUCAAUCUGAACUGCAUGGAAGACCAAACAGCAGAAAAGCAGUUGGCUGCAAUAAAGGACUGUUACGCCACUGAAGACAGGUCGCCGAAGAGAGGAGUGUCGAGUAGCCUUAACAAUAUUGAUACGGAGACGGGGGUGGAGGAGAAAGAAGACAAAAGGACUGGUUGGCUUGACUGCCAGCGUCAUUCACAGUCAAGUGACUUGCACUUGUGGCCAGGAGAAAAUGACCAGUGGGCUUCUCCAGAAAAGAGGUGUCAGGAUAAUGAACUGACGUCCAAAGUGUCCUCUGUGUUCCAGAAUAAAGUACGAGAGGCAGGAGAGCGUCCAUCGAAGGGUCAGGAAAUUUGGGAGGCUGAAGAAAAUGAUGAAUUUGCAGGAAGUGAACCCCACCCUGCUGUGGUGGAGACAUGUGGGGAAACACGGAACAAAGAACAGCAGGGACUAAAGGGAAGUCUAUUGGUGAAGGAAAACACCAAUGACCACACUCGGCCAGAUGUGGUGAAUGUGCAACAGGUGGAGAAUCUUGAGAACCUUCUUGAAAGUGACAGAUUUGAUUCAAAGGGGGAAAUACCAGUGAUUGAAGUGGAGAACAUGGAAAUCCCAGAUCCAGAGAAUUCUGAGAAAAGCAAGAAGCACAGUUGGUCAUGCGUGGACACAAAUGGGGACAGGCGACUUACGAGGUCAGAGGAGAAUCAAAAUUUUAACAUUUGGCCUCAGAGGGAAGACACGUUACCACCCACAGAAAAGCACCCUAUGUUAGUAAACUGCUUCCCUCACACUUUAGAGAGUAAACAUGCUAAAAUAACCAUUUGCAUUACUGAUGCGCCAGACGAGAACUUGGACCAAGAAGACACUGAUUCUUACUUACAUUCUGAAGCUGAAAUGAGACCAUGCAGUGCAAAGCAACACCUGGAAGAAAGCGUGAGUGCCGAGAAGGAAGAAGAGAAUUCAACGUUGGACAACUUCAGCUCCGUGGACUUUCCCAGUCCUCCUCCAAGUAUAGACCUUGAUGUGCAGGAUGACAAACUGGAGAGUUUAGAUGACUCUUUUCCUAGUCCACCACCAUCUGUUUCAGAGGCUGAAGAGUUUGGUUAUACCGGUCUGGAAGACUGUAACAUUGAAACAGAUACAACACCUCUGACUCCAUGCAUCCCCUCUGUGAAUAUAACACUAGAUACUAGUGAGGGAGACCUCACCUCUGAGACAGGCGGUCCGGACAGUAUGAAUCAAACACAAGCUCCGGACAGUAGCCUGCCAGAAUUAUUAAUUUCUGAGUGGAAAGAUAUGGACGAAGAGGCUUUGGAGGAUUUUGAAAAAUUAGAACAACUGUGUCGAAUAUCUGGGGAUGAGGAAGAAGCCCUGGGAGACAUUUUCCUGGGGAACCUAGAGCUUUUGGAGUCCCUGAAGAAAAUGCCUGAUCAAAAAGACACUAUUUCUAGCAAGUCUGGAGAGCCGAUAACUGACUUGUCUGCCAAAGAGAGAAGGGCAGAUUGGAAAGAAGACGGAACUGGUUCCUCAGACGAAUUUCAAGAGGACAGGAAUGAUGUGCCGAAGUCAACAGGACCAACGCCAGAUGCCAAGGACCAGGGUACUCUUUCCAAGUUGACCACCAAGAACGGACUCAUGAUGCAGGUGUGCGAGGAACGACUGCAGUACUCCCUGAGUGAGAACGUGAAAACAAAUGUGCUUUGGGGAGAGACAUUUAAGGACACCGUUAUGCUCCGGCCUUGGGGGGAUCAGACGACUGAGGGCGGCAGCGAGACAGUUGCUGAUGAUGAAGUACAAAACCAGCAUGACAGCCAAGCCGUGCAGGAAAAUGUGUGCAAGGAAUCUAACCCCGAGACACUCACUGUGAUAGAACAACCUGAGAUCACAACGCUGCAGUCUACUGCAAACCAGGCGAUCAAAGCAAAAGUAGCCCGUCUGUCUCUCGCCCUGCCGCCACUCGCCCUGACUCUCCCCCUCACCCCCACCGGCAAAGACGGCACAAUCGGGUGCCGGAUCGGAAGGCGGAGGGGUUUGCUCUCGGGAAGCGAUCCCAAAGACGAGGAGGAAGACGAGGAGGAGGACGAAGGCUCCCGGAGGGUCAUUGUUGUCACGGAGACGGAUUUGGACAAACGCGUUGGCCUGAGGAGCCUCCUCAAGUCACCCAAAGAGCCGCUAGACCGAGAGAGGGACCGAGGGAGAAAUGUCUCUUUUUUUAAUGAUGUCACUAUUUAUCUGUUUGAUCAGGAAACUCCAACCAACCAGUUAAGCACUUCAGCGCAGACUAGUCCGGCUGCGGUGUCCGUCAAAAACACCAAGCUGGACUUUAACGGGCCCAAAAGCAAAGAUUCCAAGCGCAAAGAGAAUUCCCCGGGCAAAGCGAGAGCACCUGUGGGCGGGGCCAAUGCGGCGUCAUCGUCACGCUUCACCGUCAGCCCCGCCAAGGACCCCCACUUGAUGUGAGGCGGGCGAUCCUCUGAGACUCUGAAGCGAGCCCACAAACAACCAGCCGUUCACCCAGAGGCUAUUUUUCUAUUGGACAGGCGAAGGAAAGAGGAAGACUUCCAAUUGGUGGAGGAAAGCUGGACAUUAUCCAGGUUUGACCAGCUCCACUGUUUACAGAGUUUAUUGGAGGAACGGCAACCUGGACUUGGUUUGGACCAGUUGGGAGUCUUGCUGUCUACCAGCGUUCUCUUUUCUGCUGUAUUCUCCUCCUCUACUCCUCCACAAAUAUCUCCUUUUUUCUGCGUCUUUCUUUUGAAAUCCUAUUCAUGCCUUUUAUGCCUUUCCAUUGUCAAGUCCACAUUUGUACAAAUGGUCCUCCUACGAGAGACGACGACGUGAUUCCAGCGCUGGUCUUCUUAGACUGCCUGGGAAAUGAACACCCGUUUCUUUCUUUGUUCUACGGUGGCUGACAAGGGCAAACGUACACCAACAUCCACAUCCAACCCUAACCUUAACCCUAACCUCUAACUCUAACAUCUAGCCCUAACCUCUAAACCUAACCCUAACCUACUCUAACCUCUAGUAUUUAUAUAUUUAUUCUCAAUAUAUACUAUAUUGCCAAAAGUAUUUGGCCACCUGCCUUGACUCACAUAUGAACUAGAAGUGCCAUCCCAUUCCUAACCCAUAGGGUUCAAUAUGACCUUUUGCAGCUAUUACAGUUUCAACUCUUCUGGCAAGGCUGUCCACAAGGUUGCAGAGUGUGUUUGUAGCAAUUUUCCACCAUUCUUCCAAAAGCGCAUUGGUGAGGUCACACACUGAUGUUGGUGGAGAAGGCCUGGCUCUCAGUCUCCGUUCUAAUUCAUCCCAAAGGUGUUCUAUGGGGUUCAGGUCAGGACUCUGUGCAGGCCAGUCAAGUUCAUCCACACCAGACUCUGUCAUCCAUGUCUUUAUGGACCUUGCUAUGUGCACUGGUGCACAGUCAUGUUGGAAGAGGAAGGGGCCCGUUCCAAACGGUUCCCACAAGGUUGGUAGCAUGGAAUUGUCCAAAAAGUUUUGGUAUCCUGGAGCAUUCAAAGUUCCUUUCACUGGAACUAAGGGGCCAAGCCCAACUCCUGAAAAACAACCUCACAUCAUAAUACUUUUGGCAAUAUAGUGUGUGUGUGUAUAUAUAUAUAUG